AUGCCCAUUCCUCACCACUUACCUUCUCUCUUUUCUCGGUACAAUUCAGCUCGAGCUCGUCAAAUUCUCCGUAAAAGCGCCAAUUCUCAUGUCCGAUGCUACGCGGUAGCAGCCGCCAGACCUUACACAUUCCACAUUGGCGCCAGCUGGGCAGGCAAAACCGAGGACCCGGUUAUCGCAGCGACCAAAGUCCCCUUCCCAUCCGAUACACUCAUAGGAUCAUGGCGAAACAAGAUGCUUUCACGACCAAAACACGUCCGUAGUAAAGACGCUGGAGAGGACUUCUUUUUUGUGCAAGAGCGGGGUCCUUACCAAGUAUUCCUUUCCUUUUUCUUCGAUUUGCUGGCUUUUCAGGGUGUUUCGCUGGGAGUAGCGGACGGAGUUGGCGGUUGGGUUGAUAGCGGGGUAGACCCAUCGUUAUUCUCCCAAGCACUGAUGUACCAUGCGCAUCGGUAUUCGCGGAAUGCAUGGCCUGGAGAACCUGAAAUCGACCCCACGAUGGAUUACGAAGAGCGAGAACAGGUUGAGGGAUGGGAAAUGACACCGUACGAGUGUUUAGACCUAGCGUAUGGUGGUGUGUUGCGCGAAAAGUUUGUCCAAGCAGGUUCAAGUACAGCAUGUAUCAUCAGCCUGAACGCAUCUUCAGGUCUUCUCCGUUCUGCAAAUCUAGGGGAUAGUGGAUACUCAGUAAUACGAGGAACGUCACUGAUCCACCACCAACGAGCACAAACUCACUUUUUCAACUGCCCAAAACAACUGACGAAAUUGCCGCCAAAUGCCGGUCGAAAGUUUGCGAGGGCUUGCGUCGAUUCCCCGAGCGAAGCUGAUACGCACCACGUUAAAUUGCGUGACGGUGACAUCGUAGUGGCUUAUACUGAUGGCUUCUCGGAUAAUGUUUUCCCUGUGGAAAUGGUCCGAAUUUGUCGACUUCUGGCUAGGACCAACGCUUCUGAAGACGAACAAGCGCAAGUCAUGGCAGACCGUAUGGUCGAAUACGCACAGAAGUGCAUGCACAACAAAAAUAGGGUCAGCCCCUUUGAAAGGGACGCCGCCAGGCAUGGAAUGUUUUACCGAGGUGGUAAAGAAGACGAGUACGUUAUCUCAUUAAUGACUUGCAAACCCUGUCUAAGCUUUGUACAAUUCUAG